AUGCAUGAUUUUAUGCUCUCCUCUAAUCAGCCUCCCCGUUUCCAGAAUUACUUCUUCCAGUCAUACCUGCUCAUCUAUGAGGAUACACCAGUGGGUACAUCUAUUACACAGCUACAAGCGGUCGAUCCGGAUGGCGAGCCGUUGAUUUUCGGUGUGGUCGGGGAAGAGGCCAUGCGCUACUUCGCUGUGCAGCAGAUGACCGGGGUGGUGUGGCUAAGACAGCCACUCGACAGGGAGACUAAGUCAGAGAUGCAGGUGGAAUUCUCUGUCAGUGACAGUCAAGGAGUCGUCAAGGAUACGGUGAACAUACAGAUUGGAGAUGUAAAUGACAAUGCUCCAACAUUUUACAACCAGCCCUAUGCUGUUUCAAUACCAGAGAACACUCCAGUGGGAACAUCGGUGUUUAUGGUGAACGCCACAGACCCGGAUCAGGGCACGGGCGGCAGUGUGCUGUUCUCCUUCCAGCCUCUCUCUCCGUUCUUUGCCAUUGAUGGGGCCAGAGGAACAGUUACUGUGACCAGAGCACUGGACUAUGAGACCACAACUUCCUAUCAGCUCACUGUUAAUGCCACGGACCAGGAUAAACGUCGUCCUCUCUCCAGUCUGGCUAAUUUGGCGAUUACCAUCACUGAUGUUCAAGACAUGGACCCCAUCUUCACCAACCUCCCAUACAGCACUAAUAUAAUGGAGGAUGCACCACCAGGUUAUGAAGUGCGUAAGAUCAGGGCGAUCGAUCAGGACUUGGGUCGACCACGUGGAAUCGGAUACACUAUCAUAUUAGGUAACACCAACAGCAUGUUUGCUCUGGACUACAUCAGCGGAUCGCUGACAGUAAACGGACAGCUGGACCGUGAAAACCCGCUUUACUCAUCUGGAUUCACCAUCACAGUGAAGGCCACAGAGCUGAAUGAUGAUCGCACUCCCUCAGCGGCCACGGUCAUGACCACCUUCACCAUCCUGCUGAUCGAUAAAAAUGAUAAUCCGCCCAGAUUCAACAGCUCUGAAUAUCGUGUGCUGAUCACAGAGCUUGCCCAGGUCGGCUUCGCUCUGCCUCUCUUCAUACAGGUCGAAGACAAAGAUGAGGGAGUGAACAGCAUGUUUCAGGUGGUACUGACAGGGAAUAACUCUGAGCACUUCAGCAUCUCUCCCACCUCAGUACAGGGCAGAGCUGAUAUCCGUGUGCGUGUGGCUGUCCCGCUAGACUACGAAACCAUCAGAAGCUACAGCUUUUCUCUGUAUGCGAAUGAGUCUCUGGCUGAGCAUGUGGGGUUUGCUAGAGUCUUCAUUGACCUCAUGAAUGAGAAUGACAACAGGCCGAUUUUCAGCCAGACGAUUUACAACAUCAGUUUACCGGAGAGCACAGAUCCUGGAGCAUCUUUGGUUCAGAUUAAGGCCACGGAUAAUGACUUUGGCACAUUUGGAGUGGUUCGCUAUUUCUUCAGUGAUGAGCCAGACCAGUUCUCAAUGGAUGCUGAGACGGGCUGGGUGACUCUGAGAGGCCGGUUGGAUUACGAGCUCAUGAGACGCUUUACUCUGACAAUAUUGGCUCGUGACGGAGGAGGGGAGGAGACUACAGGUCGACUCCGCAUUAAUGUGAUGGAUGUAAACGACAAUGUGCCAGUCUUCCAGAAGGACGCAUACAUGGGCUCACUGAUGGAGAACGAACAGGCACCACAGCAGGUCGUCCGGGCCCGGGCGACGGACGAGGAUUCUCCUCCCAAUAAUAUUCUGACAUAUUCCAUCAUCUACGCCUCUCAAUUCAGAACAUAUUUCAUUAUCAGUGUGGUGGAGGGCUAUGCAGUCAUCACCGUGAAUCGUCCUCUGGAUUAUGAGCAAGUUCCUGGUGGAAUGAUCUAUCUGACUCUGAUGGCCAAAGAUGGGGGGAACCCAUCCCUCAACAGCACUGUGCCCAUCACCAUAGAGGUGUUGGACCAAAACGACAACCCUCCCGAGUUCAGCCUUUCAUCUUAUAUCAUCAACAUACAGGAAAAUAUCGUAGCAGGAGCGACAGUGUUGUUUGUGAACGCCACAGAUCUGGACACGUCUCGGGAGUUUGGUCAGGCCUCUCUCAUCUACUCUCUGCAGGGCAGCUCUCAGUUCAGACUCAACACUCGCUCAGGAGAGAUCACCACCACUGCUCUUUUGGAUCGGGAGAUGAAAUCAGAGUAUAUUCUGAUUGUGCGGGCCGUGGAUGGAGGGGUUGGACCAAUGCAGAAGACUGGCAUCGCUACGGUGAACAUCACUAUACUGGAUAUAAAUGAUAACGCCCCUUUGUGGCGAGAUGAGCCGUAUCAAGCAAAUGUGGUGGAGAUGAGUCCUAUCGAUACUGACGUCAUUUCUGUUUUAGCAGUGGAUCCUGAUUAUGGUGAUAAUGGGACAGUGGUGUACUCUAUAAAUCCAGAGAACCCGUUCUACACCAUCAACCGCAAUACCGGUAAAAUCCGCACCAGUGGGGCAGUCCUGGACAGAGAGAGUCGGGACACCAGAGCCGCACAACUUAUGAGGACCAUCAUCGUCUCUGCUACAGACCGUGGGACUCCUCCACUGCGCUCUUCAGCAAGUGCAAUAGUAUAUGUGAACCUACUGGACCUCAACGACAACGAUCCUGCCUUUCUCAACCUCCCAUUUGUUGCUGAAGUACCGGAGGGGCUUCCUAUCGGUUCUUCUGUUUUCAGUGUGCAAGUGCAGGACCCUGAUGAGGGUAAUAAUGGGGCCGUUACCAUGGCGCUUCAGGUAGGAAUGCCACGCCUCGACUUCCGACUCAACACCACCACGGGAAUCCUUGUUUCCACGUCAGUGCUGGACCGCGAGCAGAUCGGGCAGUAUUAUCUGAGGAUUGUUGCAUAUGAUGCAGGACAGUUUCCACGAACAUCCACCAGUACUCUCACAAUCACAGUUUUGGACAUGAAUGAUGAGACACCCACCUUUUUUCCCACUGUUCAUAACAUAUCGUUGGAGGAGAGCGUGCCACGUGAUUAUGUGGUGGUCAGACUCAUCUGCUCUGAUAAUGAUGCCGGUCUUAACGCAGAGCUGAGCUAUUUCAUCACAGGAGGGAAUCAGGAUGGCAAGUUUAGCGUGGGUUUCCGGACUGGUGUGGUCCGGACCGUGGUAAGUCUGGACCGGGAGACUCAGUCCUCGUACAGGCUAGUGAUUGAAGCGAUUGAUAAUGGUCCAGCUGGGAGCCGGAAAACAGGCACAGCUACAGUGUAUGUGGAAGUGCUGGACGUCAAUGACAACAGGCCCAUAUUUCUUCAGAACAGUUACGAGACCAGCGUCUUGGAGAACAUACGUGUAGGAACUAGUAUAUUACAGGUUCAGGCCACAGAUGCCGAUGAAGGGGAGAAUGGAAGAGUUCUGUAUAGGAUUCUUUCUGGAAACAAUGGUCAGUUUAACAUUGACCGUCUGUCUGGACUCAUCAGCAGGGGAGACAGAGCUCUGGACAGAGAAACCCGCAGCUCUCAUGUGUUGGAGGUUGAGGGGUUUAACAGUGACCAGGGCAGCAUGCGCAGCUCUGUCAGGGUGAUUGUGUAUGUGGAGGAUGUGAAUGAUGAGCUUCCAGUCUUCACUCAGUCGCAGUACAAUCGUCUGGGGCUCAGAGAGACCGCUGGGAUCGGCACAUCAGUGGUAGUGGUCCGAGCUACAGACCCUGACACAGGGGAUGGCGGUGCUGUGGCAUACGCCCUGGUCUCAGGAUCUGAUCGUAAAUUUGAUGUUGAUAUAAGUACAGGUCUGGUAACCACAGUGGACUACUUGGACUAUGAGACCAAGACCAGCUACCUAAUGAACUUGUCAGCAACAGAUCAGUCCCCACCAUUUUACCGAGCAUACUGCACCGUCUACAUUACUUUACUCAAUGAAGUCGACGAAGCCGUGGCCUUUCUAUCGGCCGGUUAUGAAGCUUUGCUGAGGGAGAAUAUUGCCACCGGAACAGAGGUCGUCCAGGUGAAGGCACAGUCGGCCGAUAAUCUAAACCAGCUGUCGUACAGAUUUGACCCUAACACCUCACCAGCUGCCCUAGCGCUCUUUAAAAUUGACAGCAUCACGGGUCGUAUUACGGUGACUGGACUGUUGGACAGAGAGCAGGGUGACUCGUACACACUCACUGUUGUGGCGGAUGAUGGAGGGCCCAAGAGAGACUCCACUGUGGUGUCAAUCACCAUUCUUGACGAGAAUGACAACAGUCCAGAGUUUGACAUUACCUCUGAUUUGUUGGUGAAUGUUCCAGAGGACACACCAAUUGGCAAGAGAGUGGCAUUGCUGCUGGCACGGGACAAAGAUGCUGGAAGAAAUGGACUGGUAAAUUUCACGUUGAUUGCAGGGAACAUGCAAGACGUGUUUAAGAUCAACACAGCCAAUAAUACGUAUGGAGAGGUUUACCUGAACGCCCCUCUGGACCGUGAAGCCGUGGACCGUUACCUGCUUAAAGUGCGGGCAAUGGAUAAUGGCUCCCCUCCAAGGUUCACUGAUCUUUUGCUCACACUAAAUAUUCUGGAUGUGAAUGAUAACCCUCCCGUACUGCAGAGCCCUCGAGGCUACAACGUCAGCAUCAGUGAGAAUGUGGGGGGUGGUACAUCAGUCCUGCGUGUUGUAGCAACAGAUCGUGACAUCGGACCCAAUGCCAUGCUGUCAUACUACAUCACUGGUGGUAACCAAGACCUGACCUUCAGAAUGGACCGUAUGACGGGAGAGAUAGUGACACGACCCUCACCUCCUGACAGAGAAAAACAACAGCAGUACACACUCACUGUGACAGUGGAAGAUGACGGCACACCACCUUUAUCAGUAAGCGUUUGUGUUGAGCAGUCAGAAUAGAUUUAUACACAGUACAGUUGAAGUUGUGGAGAAUUAAAGGUCCAUCUUUAAAGUCAACAUGAAACGCCGUUCGCAACCCAUUUUACUUCCAUAAUGUGAGUGAAAAAUGUAGGGCGGGACUAGAUUAUGAAUUAAUUUUUUUUCUUUGUGAAAAUAAUGUCAAACAAAAACCAAAAAGCUGUGUUUUAGGCUUCUGUUGUGAAUUUGUGGCAAAAUGUUGAUUACCACAAAAAAGAAAUAAUACAAAUACAAAUUAAAUAGAGAUACACUGAUACCAAUUUUUGAAGACCGAUACAAGUACCAUGUACCUAGUUUUAGGGAUCAGACGAUACCAAGUACUGAUACAAUAUUUGUUUA